GGGAGGAGAAGUCGUGCUUUGCGGGGUGAGGGAAAGGGGGGCCUCCAUAAGGACCACCUCAGGUGGGUUUGGAAGGGAGGAAAGGCCGAGGGUCCUGCAGGGGCCAGCCUCUGGGGUGGGCUUUAGGGGAGGGGAGGCAGGCUAUAGGAGGGGGGGUCAUGCAGGGCUAUCAGGCCUGGACUAGGUGACUGUUUGGAGGCCCAAGGCCUUUUGGGACAGGGUGUGUGUUUGUGUGUGUGUGAAGGUGGGAAUCUCAGUGUCUGGGGACGGUGGGCCGAGAAGCACGCCUUCCUGGGAUUUGGCUGGGAAGGGUUUUUUUUUGCAAGGGGGUAGGAGAGGAUGGUGCUUGGUUUUGAGAGCCUCCUGGGGUUUUCCUAUAGGUAGGGAGGCUAUUGGGUGUGCAGGUCCCGAGUUAGCGCUCUUUAGUUGAUGUUUCUAAGGCUGACGGGGGGGAGUGAGGCAGGCCGCCCUGUACCAGCUGUGAUCUCCCUUCUCUCCCGCGCCCUCUGGUCUCCGUGGGGUGGCUUCCCCGCCAAGCACCUCUGAUGCCCGAACAAGGCCCCAGAAUGAACGGUUUCUCUCUGGGUGAGCUAUGCUGGCUCUUUUGUUGCCCGCCGUGCCCCAGCCGCAUAGCCGCCAAGCUGGCUUUCCUUCCCCCGGAGCCCACUUACACGGUGAUGCAGCCGGAACAGCAAGAAAGUGGGGCUGCCGCGGGGACGCCGACCGGGAGCUGCAGCCUCCACCUGACCGAGCGGGCGGACUGGCAAUACUCGCAACGGGAGUUGGAUGCUGUGGAAGUCUUCUUCUCGCGCACGUCCCGGGAUAACCGGCUGGGAUGUAUGUUUGUGCGCUGCGCGCCUUCCAGUCGGUAUACGCUGCUGUUCUCUCAUGGCAAUGCUGUGGACCUGGGCCAGAUGUGCAGUUUCUAUAUUGGCCUGGGCUCCCGCAUUAACUGCAAUGUCUUCUCCUACGAUUACUCUGGCUAUGGAGUGAGCACUGGUAAGCCGUCGGAAAAAAAUCUUUACGCGGACAUUGAUGCAGCCUGGCAGGCCCUCAGAACAAGGUAUGGGGUCAGCCCGGAGAAUAUUAUUCUGUAUGGACAGAGUAUUGGAACUGUUCCCACAGUGGACCUGGCAUCUCGGUAUGAAUGUGCAGCUGUAAUCCUUCAUUCACCCUUGAUGUCUGGGUUGAGGGUAGCUUUCCCAGACACUAGGAAAACAUACUGCUUUGAUGCUUUCCCAAGCAUUGACAAGAUCUCUAAAGUAACCUCUCCUGUUUUGGUGAUUCACGGUACCGAAGAUGAAGUCAUAGAUUUCUCGCACGGUUUGGCGAUGUACGAGCGAUGCCCCCGAGCCGUGGAGCCCCUUUGGGUGGAAGGAGCCGGCCAUAAUGACAUAGAGCUUUAUGCACAGUAUCUCGAACGACUAAAACAGUUCAUAUCUCAUGAACUCCCAAACUCCUGAAGAAACCCACUUGAUUUCUGGCUUUGUCCUUUUUUUCUUUUUCUUUUUUUUUAACCUCGGUUAACUGUGAAUGGAAGAAUUUAUCUGUUUUUGCACACGCAUUAACUGGAUUAGUUGUAAUAGCUUUAUACUAUGAAGCAAUGCCCUCGCGUUUGGAAGGACCCAAUCCUGUCUUGACUGUCUUUUUAUAUCAGGAAACCAUUCUAACAGCCACUGCUGUAAUCCCCGAUUUUUUUAAAAACCUUCUUGUCUCUAGAAGCGUUAAACCUGUCACCUGUGGAAGGGAAAGUAGCUGAAUAUGAAGAUCCUGCUUUAACCUAGAGUGAUUUAAUACUUCCAAACUCUCUCCUAUCCCACCAUUCAAGUUGAUUGUCCUACGUUUCCCCCCCCCCUUUAAAUAAAAUCUCCCCCAAUCUGGAACACAGGCGAUCUGAAACACAGCUUUCUACUUGAUUUAUGGGUUCAGUCGAAGACCAUCAAUUCUCAAUGUCACAUUUCUAGCUGUGCUAUUAUAACUGGAAAGGGGUUGGGUUUUCUUUUCUUUUGUUUUUUUUUUUGGUGGUGAGUUCUCAUUGUGUUUUGAAGGAAUAUAUAUAUUUUAGGGCAGGGCAAUACCCCCUUCCUAAGUUAAGGAACAUUUCCAGGGUUACACUCAUUGCUCAUUGGAGCGAAUUCUAAACCAUUUCAUCAGUUUUCUGCACAUUUAGAAAAAGCAAAUGUUCUUGAAGGAAUAAUGACUACAUAGCGGAACACUUUAAUUAUGCUUUACUUUUAAAACUGUGUAAAUUUGAUGAGCCCCAUUCUUCAAAUCAUGUCUGAAGAAGAGCCAGCGCUGGCGUUUACUUGUGUAAAACAUUCCUUACGGACGUUUUUAAAAAUAUUGUAUAUACGCGAAUUUACAUUAUGCAUAACUCUUGAUUGGUAGUUUUAAAUUUAAGUCUAGUUAACAAAUUCUGGUUUGUAUAUGAAUACGUUUUGUUAUAAGUUUUUAUCCCUGCGUUAUUUUGCUAUUCAAAUUUUUAUAAAAUUUCCAGGAUAACUGAACAACAAAAAAAAGUUAUACAUUGGUUUUUGAUGGAUUUAUGUAAGAAACUUUCAUUGAAACUGAUCCUUUUUUUUCUGUUUUGGGAAACGAUUUUCCUUCUCUGACACUGGAAUCGCACAGAAUAUGCAAGACACUUAAAAUCAUUAACACUACAAGGCCUGGGUUUUUCCCAAAUUGAAGGGCCUUAAAUGUACUGUAAGCCUCCGAUUGUUGUUUAAAAAAAAAGGAUUGCGAUUGAUUAUGGUUUGUGUAUUUGUUGCCUGAAUGCAACAACUGUGGUUGUAAUGGAAUAAAGGAUGCAUGGAAUAGAGACA